GUCACCGUAUUUUGGUCUACGCAGCUGACGAUGUAAACAAGAGAAGACAGUCUAGCAGGCCGGUGACACCGACACUUUAAAGCCGUCUGCGCAUCGACAUCGACCAACAUGGGCCUCCCUGUCAUCAUUAAAGUGAAUUUUCGUGGGAAUGUGAAGAGAUUCCUGGCGGGUGAGCUGGACAAGCUGGAGUGGAGCUCCGUGGAAGCCUGGAUUAAAGCCUCGUUUGGAAUAAACCACUUUCAAGUGAAGUACUUUGAUGAAGACAGUGAAGAGAUUUGUAUCAACAGUCAAGAUGAAUAUGAAGAAGCCAUCAAGAGCGCAGAGAAGCAAGGCAGCCUCCUCAAGAUGAACGUGUACAAGAUGAAAGGUCAAGCCUGCGGGGGUCCGCUCAAGACGGAGGUCAAAGAGCUGAAGGGGGACCUGCGACCCGCACCGCCAUAUCCGUCCCGGGUCAAGACGGUGGACAAGGGCACGCAGGUCACUCCAGAGCGAGAAGCUGUGACUGUGAAGGACAGCAAGGGGACCAAAGCGGACGAUGAGCCUCCUCCCAUGUGGUUUAGAUCCUACAUGGAGAAGUUCAAAGAUGAGGUGGUGAAGGAAGUGGUGGAAAGGAUGUGCAGCGACUUCUCCGGCCAGUGUUGCACACACAAGUCUCCCGCCGCACCCCCUGAGCCCAGCGGUGCCAGCUGCGCUCCCAUGGGGCCCAGACCCGGGCCCCCCGCCACCACGGUGGCACCCAAACCGGGCCCUUCCACCUCCAGUGGAUCUCUGGGUUACACCCCAAACUGCAGCAGCUGCAAUAAGCUGACCUCUGAAGGAGCCUACAAGUGCAGCGUUUGCCCGUCCUGCAUCCUUUGCGAGAUGUGCCGGCACAGCCACGACCCCAGCCACAACCUAGUGAGAACCAAGACACCCCUCUCCAUCCCGGAACACGGAAUGUCGGGAGAACUGAGGUUCCUACGGCGAGGAGACAGGACGGUGCGCAAGGCCGAGCGCCAGCGCCUCAAAGCAGAAAGGCGGCAGCUGAGAGCCGAAGUGAAGGAAAUCAAGAAGAAACUGAGACUGGAGAAGAGGGGCCUGCAGUGGAGCGGGCCCUCUACCUCAGGCCGAUCCGCCCUGUCUUACACGGCCUCCGCAUCCACCCAGGCCCCCGCCCUGCCCCUUCAGCCCGCCGCUUCAGACACAGCCUCAGGUCCCGCCCCCGCCCCCGGCCCGGCCCCGGCCCCAGACCCCCAGGCCUCCAGUCCAGAGGGUCCCGGGGCCGCGCACUCGUCCUUGCUGCCCACUAUGGCCGCCUUGUUUCUGGAUGAAAAUCUGCCUGACGGCACCCGUCUGGAGCCCGGGACCAAGUUCAUCAAAUACUGGAAGAUGAGGAACUCGGGGACUAUCAGCUGGACCCCGGAGACCAAGCUGAUGUUAGUGUGGGGGAACCUCGGCCUGGCGUCGCAGGAGAAAAAGCCGGUGCCGGUGCCUCUGCUGCCGCCCGGGAAAGUGGGUGUGGUCAGUGUGACCUUUGUGGCGCCCAUGACGGAGGGCACGUACAGCUCCCACUGGCGCCUGGCGCACUGCGGACAGCAGUUCGGCCCGCGCGUGUGGUGCAGCAUCGUGGUGGACCCCGGCAGCGGCCUCGACGCUCGGACACAGCUGAGGGGGGAGCAGCUGCGGGCAGGAGCGAAGGACGAGGAGGUCCCGUCCAAGGAAGGCCCCUUCCCGCCUUAUGUGGACCUGCUGACUGCACAGGAUCUUCUGUCCUUCGAGUUAAUGGACAUAAAUAUUGUGCAGGAGCUGGAGAAAGUUCCGACCAACACCCCCGUGGAUUUGACACCCUGCAUCUCCCCGCUGCCCCCUGAUGAACCAGCGAACGCCACCAAAGACAACACACAAUUCAUAAGUGUCCAGAAGUUUUUUGGAGGGAAACCGAAGCACCCGAGAGAGCACCCGUGGGAGCCCGCCACCCCGGAGGAGGAGCGCGAGGAGGAGAUCAGCGGUGCUCAGUUCCUGUGCGAGACGGUCAUCCGCUCCCUCACCUUGGAGGAGGCGCCCGACCACAGGCCCCCGCGCAGGAGCCAGCAGCACUGCAGCCGCCAGCCGCAGGUUGUUUCUCGGGGCCCCGCCUUUGAGAGGGCGGCGGCGUGUGAGAAGAGCGAGCGAGAAGGAAAUGAGAUGUGCGGCCUCGCGUGUGUCAGUGUAGCUCCUCCCUCCAGCUUGCGCCCCACCCAGGAAGAAGACAUGAGGACAGCCCCGCCCACUAGCUCGUGUCACAUGUAUGACGAUGAGGAUGAGGACGAAACCAUGAAGGACGGUAAAGACGAGAAGGCGGAAGACUGGGAUGAGGUCAGCAGCCAGACCUCCUCCUCGUCCUCCUGCGACGACUUCAUCAUCGUCCUCCCCGACUGCUUUGACAUGAGCCGCCCACUGGGGGAGUCCAUGUACAGCUCCGCCAUGUCGCAGCCCGACGCCGUCGUCACGGCGACCCUGGCCAGCCCGGAGCUGCUGCAGGAGGACGACUACGCCUCUGAUGUGGGCGGGGCAUUGCCACCCGGAGAGGAGGCGGAGGAGGAGGAGCAGACAGAGAGUGUUGCCGAUGUCGAGCCGGCUGGCGGCGGCACUUCGGCCACGCCCCCCCUCACCAUCCACAGCAGCGUCAACCAAAUGUUGUGCGCCUCUCAGACUCUGGACGCCGCCACACUCACCCCGGAAGUGGUGCCCCCGCCACCCGCUCUCUACUCACCCAGGUCCGAGGCGCUGUACUUGGCGGAAGACGCCUGUCAUGAAGCGGACGAGUCGCACACGCCCAGGGUCCACGCCAACGUUUCAUCCGGUCUGUCCAGAUCUGCAGGCUCAGCAUCGAGUGCCUUUGAGACGUACAACCCCAGACCCAGCAACGCACUGCAGCCCAGGGGCCAGGGGGGCAUCACCGAGGGACUGGUAAAGGGGGCGCUUUCAGUGGCGGCGUCCGCUUACAAGGCUCUGUUCACCGCACCCAACUGUCCCGUACAGCGAGGCAUCGACCCGGCCACCCGCCAGGACCCGUCCCUCAUGGCCAUGCUGCUGGAGAUGGGCUUCAGGGACCAGCGCCUCAACCAGCGUCUGCUGAGGAAGCACGGCUACAACCUGCUGCACACCGUCAACGAGCUGGUGCAGAUGGCCGAGGAUGCGCCGCCCAACCGGGCCGUGGAGGCUCGCCACUGAAGUGGGGAGGGGGGGGACUUUUCUCCCGAAAUAUUUAAUACCGCCGCUCACCGCUGUGUAGCUUUAUUUAGAAGUAAGUCUUCAUUCGGACCAAGCGGGGCUCGUUCUUAGGCUUCUCGAUGAUUAUGAUUGGCUGUCGGCUUUGUUUUUCAGUGGGGCGUGGCUACCUGGCAACAUCUAAAGUGCUGAAUGUUGUAGAAAAGGCGUACAAAUUCUCUUUGUGUGCAACCUUCAUUUCCUGUAGUCCACUCUUGCCUAAUCAAUGCAAUCUUUUUUUUAUCCGAGUACUGUUCUCUCUCUUAUUAGAUGUUGACGUGUGGAAUGUAUACAAAGAAUCCAUAUAUCACCGGCAGGCGUGCGCACUUUCACCAAAACCUAGCCAUGGUUAUUUAGCACGCGUAGAACCUGAGAUGUCUCUAGAACAACACAUUCCUCAAUCUCCAGUAGUACCGAGAGUCUUUAUUAUUCCCACAUUGCCUUUUCAUCAUGUGUCAUUUGUUCCAGUCUGCUGUGUCUUAGACCAGGUUGAACACUUUAAUGGGUGCAAGCAAGCUUGGGGUUCUGUUUGGUUUGAGCGCCAUUUCCCUCCCCCUCCUGUUGAGUGUUGUCCGUUGUGCUCAAGAUCUCAAGAUGGACGCUUUGGAAAUUAAUUGCUCGUCAUUUCUUCUGCAAACACGUUCACCACGUAGAUUUGAAAAUAAACUAUUUGCACA